GCGGCGAAUCUGAUGCAAAGCACAUGCAAAAAUUUUGUUGCAUAUAUUAUGUAGUAUUAAUUGCACAAAGUGAGCAAACAGUCGAUACGGGAUUAAAAGCUCCUUCGUUUGAAAAAGGUCAGUGACAUUAAAAAUGAAUGCCUGUUGCGGUUUUAGUACUCAGUUACAUUUUAGACAGGUAUGAUAAUCUUAUCACAUGCAUCAAAAUUGUGACGUUGUAAACAGGAAAAAUCAUACAAAACUUAAGGGAUGGUGAAUUCCAUUACCUUUUUGGGAUCCUUGUCAAAGGAUAAACGUCUACUAAGUGAGUCGGUUUUAUUUGUAGGGGCAUGAAGAUAAAAAUAACUUUGGAAAAUAUCCAUAAUCCAUAAGUUAGUAAAUGGGCUUUGUUUCGAUUAGGUUUUUAUCAAAUAAAUAAAUAAACUUCUUAAUGCCACCAUAUUGAUAAUAUAAUUUAUUCAAACUGUUUUUAGCGAUUUCCAGGUUUUAAGUAGGACUUUACAGUUUGGAAAUUUACGACACUAGACCAUGUAUGGUGCUGAUCGGCGCCACCAUAGCCAAUAAAUUUAAAUAAUCGCUUGUAGUUUUGUUCAAAAGAAGAAUGUAUCAGCAAAUAUUUACAUUUCGUCACCAACCCAAAUGAAAUGUUACGAUAGUCUAUGGUUUUAAUAUGAUUAAUUUUUGAACAGGUUCAUUGAUCUCAUAAACAACUCUUUAUGUUAGUCCAUGGUGCCCGUGUGAAUGCAGCAAAAAUAAACACCAUCCAUCGAAUCUUUUUCGGGCGUGCUGAGCGAAAUGGUUGUCAUAUUUUAUAAAAGCUCAUUUGUAUUGGACGGCAAAUGUCAGUCCUGUACAAAAGGAGAAAAAGCUCUGUUAUCUUUUUUAACCUAAUGUAGAGCGUCAGUGCAAAAUAUUAUAAAGGCGUGGAGUCAAAAGCCCGAAGCAUUUUGCGAAGCGACUCCUUGCGGGCUGCACACCCGCGCGCGCACCUACUUAUAUCACACACUACUGUUCGCUAUACUUUUAAGUAAAUGUCGUAACUUAACAAAGCGUUAAAAUGUUGUUAGGAACUAAAUUAACGAUUGUUUGGGUGGGACUAUUAGCGUCUAGUUACGGUAGUGACUCCGACGUUGUUACGAAUGGAUUCUCGGCUGCUGAUGGUGCGUUUUACACCGAUGAUGCGGUUAUCUUAAAUGCAUACGUCGGGCGCGUUAAGCGCGAUAUUUCGAACUCGACACGUGAUGGAAAACAAUUGAUACUGCUAAGGCCUAGACAGGCAGAAGACUCUUUCGGUACCGACUGCCAAACGACCCUAGGGAAGAAAGGAACUUGCAAGAGUUUUCGCGACUGCUACCCACUAUUCAAAGUAGCCGACUUCUCCGGCUGGGAUGGAUGGGUGAUGGGCCAUUACGAUACUUGCAGCUAUAUCAAUGGGGAGAACAUGGAGGUAUUCGGAGUAUGCUGCACUGAACCAGUAGGCACACCACCACAACAAGAGCCUGAUGUUCAGCGACUUGGCUAUCUGCAGCCAGCUGUGCCUGUUCAACUUCCAGCCUUUGCAGGAAUUCCAGGUGGCGUACUUUCAGCGUUCUCAAGAUGGUCCUACAAUGGUGACAACAACAACUUCCGUCAGAUCCCUGCGCAGUGGCCGCCAACAAUCCCCCCGCUUCCCACCCAUCCUCCUGACCACACUGCACCUACUCACCCACCAUCCCUAGUUGCAGGCGUCACGACAAAGCCACCUAGUAACAUCCCUGCAUCAUCAACAACUUGGGCAACUAGGCCUCCAAGCACAACGAAACAGACCUGGGCGCCAGCGUAUCCUACAAAGCCAAGCGUGCCCGCACAACCGGCUCAACCUGCAGUGGAUGGAUCUUGCGGUAUUAAGAAUGGGCCUCAGACUUACGAAAGCACGUAUCAAGACGAGGAACGUAUCGUGGGAGGUCAUAAUGCUGAGCUCAACGAGUGGCCAUGGAUUGUGGCACUGUUCAACGCAGGACGUCAAUUCUGUGGAGGCUCCUUGAUGGACGAUCGACAUGUCCUUUCUGCAGCUCAUUGCGUGGCGCAUAUGACCUCAUGGGAUGUUGCGCGUUUAACAGCAAGACUUGGUGACUACAAUAUCCGAACGAACACUGAGACUCAACACAUUGAAAGGAAAAUCAAGCGCGUAGUCAGACACCGAGGUUUCGAUAUGCGUACUUUGUACAACGACGUAGCCGUACUAACGAUUGAUCAGCCAGUAUCCUUCACGAAAAAUAUUCGUCCUAUUUGUCUACCAGUUGCCGGCAGAUCCACAUACCAAGGCAAAGUUGCGACUGUCAUCGGUUGGGGAAGUUUGCGCGAAAGUGGACCACAGCCGUCUGUUCUACAAGAGGUAUCGAUUCCAGUGUGGUCGAACCAGGAGUGUAAGUUGAAGUACGGUGGUGCUGCUCCCGGCGGAAUUGUGGAACAUAUGCUUUGUGCUGGAAAAGCUAGCAUGGACUCUUGCAGCGGUGACAGUGGUGGGCCGCUCAUGGUGAACGAGAACGGUCGCUGGACACAAGUGGGUAUAGUUUCCUGGGGCAUCGGUUGUGGUAAAGGCCAGUACCCGGGAGUGUACACCCGUGUCACCUACUUCCUACCUUGGAUCCAGAAAAACGCCAAGUAGAAUCGAUUUAAAGCGAAUUACAAUUUCAGCAUAACAUUAAAACUUUGCCACUUUUUGAACCAAGUACCUCUUUUUCGAAGUGAGCAUUUUAUAUUUUAAUUUUGUCAAUCGUAUCACAAAUAAUUUUUCGGACAAUUAUUUUGAGAAAAACAACCGAACCUUGCUUUUCUCAAUUAAUUGCAAAAUUAACUUUGACAUUAUGGAAUUUGUGCCAAUUAAUUUUAAGUUUCUA